CAAUGAUCCAGCUCCACCUCUGCUUUAUAAACCAGACAGUAACAAGAGUAGUUAGUAGUUAGUUUUACAAAUGUCACAUCUAGUACAUGUAAAAUGCUCUACCGUCUGCUGCUCUUCUUCUUUUCCUCAGCCAAAAACACAAACGACAACAUCACAACAAUCAGCCCUUUCCACACAACAACGACCGAACCUAACAGCAUCACAAAAAUCAGCCCCCUUCACACAACAGAGACCACACCAAACAACAUUACAACAAUCAGCCCCCUUCACACAACAGCGACCGUACAGAGUCUGGUGUGUCAAAAUGGGGGUACCUUACAACAAGAGCAAUGCAUCUGCAAUGAAAGUUGGACUGGAGCUGUCUGCAACAUUUCAAAUUUUUGCUCUGGACAAAAGCCCACAACAAAUAGCAAAUUCACCUUUCCAAAAACUGUCUUAGGCCAGUUUGCUUCCUCUGCUGAGCGAUGUCCACCAGAAACAACAAAUGCUGGCAUGCACCAGGCUUCAGCCCUCUGUAACAGAAAUACUCAUUUAUUUGAUCCUCCAAAUAUUAUUAAUUGUAGUUUGACACUGGACAACAUUAAUACACAGGUUUCUGGAGCUACUGUGGAAGUAAAACGGAAUUUAUCCUUCAGUACCCAGAUCCUCACAUCCAUACCAGAAUGGCUAACACCCCACAACAUCACAAAUGCAGCUCAAAUAGCCAAAGCCCUGCUCUCUGACCAACAUAUUACGGAUAUUGCAGUAUCAGCAGUCACUACAGUCAGUCAGCUCCUGAACGCAAGUCGUGAGAUAUUCUCUUCUGUCAACAAUACUGCAAUUUCUGAACUAACAAAGACUCUACAGGAAGUGUCUCUGCGUGAGGAACCAAAUCCAUUGUUGGUGCAACCGAAUAUUGCAGUGCAGUCACUGAAGGGGCAGGCCAAUUCAACAAAGCCGAUCCUACAAGUGCAAUUAAUUGCUUUUAAAGGGCAGAGUGAUAACUUUUCAACUGACAGAAUAAAACUGUAUACAACUAAGGCUGAGAUUAACCAAACAGGAGUUGACUUUCAAAUAAAUAUCACAUUCAGCAAAGGUUUUAAUAAAACUAUUGGCUUUGUCCUCUAUGAUAACGAUCAGUUCUUCCAGUCAAAAAGCUUUAAACCUUCUCUGGAUACCAAGAGAAGAGUGAUAUCUGCUAAUCUUGAAGAAAAUCCUGAAAAUGUUCACUUUACAAUCACACCAUCGGCUGAUUCCACAAUGUCUCUCAACGACUUUGCAUGUGUGUUUUGGAGUUACUCUGAAAAUGACUGGAUCACAGACGGUUGCACCAAAACUGUGAACUCCUCAGGAAGUGCAGGUUGCAGCUGUAAAAAUCAGCAAAAAGCAAACUUUGCUAUUCUGAUGGCAUUUGAUAUCAACUAUAACUAUUCUAAAGCUUUGCAUUGGAUCAGCAUCAUUGGCUGUGCUCUGUCUGUGUUGGGACUGUGUGCCACAGCAUUGUACCAAAUCAGAACCAGGAAGUCAAGAGGAGGCAGUCCUACUCUGCUAGUGGUGAACAUCUGCUUAAGCAUGACGGUUUUCUACCUUCUCUUCGUCUUUGGCAUAAACAACCCUGUCAAACAUAUGAAUGUAACAAGGGUGUCUGGGGAGAAUAUAGUUCCUGAGUCUGACCACCACAAGUACCGAGAUGAGGGACCCUGUACAGCAUUUACAGCUCUGCUUCAGUAUUUCCUGUUGGCUACGUUCACUUGGAACACUCUGUACGGCAUUAAUGUGUACAUGCUCUUCCACGGCCCAGUAUCUGGAACACCUCGAUGGUUUCCAAAAGUCUGCAUGGCUGUUGGAUGGGGUUUGCCUGCUGUUAUUGUCAGUAUCUCAUUGGGUUCCACUUACCGUGUGGAUGAGCCUUUGGGUUAUCGACAAGAAGAGUUUUGCUGGCUGGCUUCAGUGGACCACAAACAAACAUUCAGUACAAAGAAACCCAUGCUUUGGGGAUUCGUACUCCCUUCACUGAUCAUGCUGAUCUCAAGCACAGCAAUACUGCUGUACUUCUCGUACAACAUUUGCAAGACCGACCCAAACUUAAACACAUCACGUAAAACUCCUUUGAAGAUGAAGAUUUUCAGUAGCUUUUCUCUGGCAGUGAUACUCGGCUUGUCUUGGCUCAUAGGCUACAUUUUGCUCAUCACCCACGAAGAAACUCUCAAAUUAAUUCUCAGUUUUGUUUUCUGUCUUCUAAACACAACACAGGGUGUUCAGAUAUUCAUUUUAUUCACUUUGAAGCCUUUUUUAAACUCAAAUCCAGCUAUUCUCAACUCUCUGCAUGCACCAGAAAUAGGCCUUCACAAGAAAUCAUUAUAUUUAUGGAAAAAUAACAAGCAAGAAAGCAUAGAAAGCAUAGAAAGCUACAUAUCCUCAGAUCACUGACAGCACAAGUAGCCGGUGUAGAUCGUUGGUGAGAGUGUGGCCUUCACCUCAGCAGUGAUGAAGACAAGGAGGAAUAUCAGCUUGAGUCAGAUCAUUUAAGAACGCUCUUGGUGUUUGUACAACUGUAUCCAGAUUCAGUGUUGAGUUGGCAGCUCAAUUUUAUAUUCUAUGCCCAUGUCAUUAGGAACUUCUUGGGCUUUGUUCACACUCUCACAAAUCUGAUUUGGUUUUAAUUUUCACUCUUUAGGACCAACUAUCGACACAUCUUUCAGGUUAUGCAAUGUGACCUGCUUAUUCCAAAAGUAUUAGUACUAAAUAAUUUGAGGAAUAGUUCACCCAAAAAUUGUCCAAACCUGUUGUGAUUGGCACAGUGAGGAGUACUUGAGCAAGUUAGCGAGCACUACCAUCUAUGUUGCCAAGUCGACCCCAGUAACGUCAUAUUUAGCCCCUGGACUGCAAAUUUACCAUGGGAACCCCGACAAAAAGUGUAUAUUUUACACCCCUGAAUGGGAUUUUUAAUGGGGGACACCCCUCAAAACGCAAUCGGGCUAGUUUUGAGUAGCAAUCAGGUGUGUUUUGCUGUGAAAACCUGGCAACCUUGAUGCACCUUUACAUAAAACAAUAAUAUAGUGCUCCAAUCCGUUCUUAAAAUAUUGACAUAAAAACAUUUUGUUUAACACUUAUACAAACAAAUCGUGCCCACAGCUAAAGUUCAGCUGCAAAACUGUAAAAACAUAACCGAAGAAUAAUAGUAGAUACGUUAGCCGAGUGCUAUUGUGACUAGCUGAUGAAGCGACACAGUUUGUAAAGCAAAAUAUGUCUAAGUUACAUUCUUUAUUAUUACACAAAUUAAUUGGAACAAUGACAGUCUACAUUAUGGUGUGUUCACACCAAACGCGAAGGGAAUAUGUGCAUCGCGUCACUCGCUCUAGAUUACUCACGGUUGUGGUUCAGAGAUGCUUGUUAGUCAAAAUAUUGAUUCUUCUCCUCAUCAACUUUCGGCAAUGAAAACAAAAACUUGCUUUCACAGCGCAGAACACAGCGUCUUCUCGACAUGAUGUAAACACACUGAUUAGCGAAAGUGUUUGUGGGCAGGUCAGACUGUUUGAGUCGACUCCUUCUUUGCACUUUUUUGAUUAACAACUUUACAGACUCUUUACAUUGAAGAAUAGCUAUGUUACAAACUGCAAAAAAUAUAUAUUUUAUAAAAAAUAUGACCUGCUCUUUAAGGUGUUUUAACUCUGAACUGUCACUUCGGAAACAAAAUAUCAUUCUAUAAUCAAUAAUAGCGCUUACUCCAGUAAAAUGUCCAUCCGCUAUCGUCCUCUUACUUCAAAAUCCACUGGCAUGUUUGUUUAGAACUGUUCUGGACUUUUUCGCUUGCAAACAGGGCCUAAUCUGUGAAAACUUCUCUUCUAAUUAGAAGAUUAAUUUAAUAUUAAGAUUAGAAGAUAAUUUAGAAGUUAAAAACAUCUUAAUUAUUGGGUUUUUUUUAACAAACACAAAGCUUUUUACUUCACAAGAUGUUAACUGAUAGGCUGGAGCUGUGUAGAUUACUGUUGUGGAUCAACUAUAUGGAUUCUGAUGGCACCCGUUCAGUACAGAGGAUCCAGUGGUGAGCAAGUGCUAACACUACAUUUCUCCUAAUCUAUUCGGAUGAGGAGACAAACUCAUCUACAUCUUGCAUGGCCUGACAAUGAGUUAAAUUGAGAUGGAUAUGCCUGAUUUUCGCUGCCUGUCCAAACAGGCUUGACACGUCAGGUUUGGCACAGCAAGUGCAUUGUCAGCCGCCAGUUUUUGCCUUGUCUGAUUGAUGUGCUCUAUUGUAAAAUAAUAUAAAUGUAUCGUAAACACACCAAUCUUUAGAGUUUGACUCAAUACUUUUUUACUAAUUAACUGUUGACAUAUGUUAAACAUUGAUGAAAUGACAUGUAGACUGUUGGGUCUGAAUUUAUUUUCAUCCUAUGUCUGGAUUUAUAAAUUUGGAAAUUAAUGACUCAGAUCUUCAUAAUCCUGUGUUAUCUUGUGUUCUCUGUUUAGUAACCAUGGUGAUUUUAAGUUCAUGGGAUCUUGGUAGAGUUUCUGUAAUAGUCAGGAGAGCAUCUCCACCAGGGGGAACCAUUUUCAAGAAAAUACAUUUGUGAUACCUAGAAGAUGCAUAAACUGUAAUUCAUUGUAAUUUGCAUUCAAUACAUACCUGUACAUUGGAUAUGUAUUUCCUCUUUUUAUUCUGUUUUGAUUCAAAUCAGUAUCUGACA